AUGAAGCGGCAGAACGUGCGUACCCUGUCCUUGAUCGCCUGUACCUUCACCUACCUGCUGGUGGGUGCCGCGGUGUUCGACGCCCUCGAGUCCGACCAUGAGAUGCGCGAGGAGGAGAAACUUAAAGCCGAAGAAGUCCGUCUUAGAGGCAAGUACAACAUCAGCUCCGACGACUACCAGCAGCUGGAGCUGGUAAUCCUGCAGUCUGAGCCCCACCGCUCUGGUGUCCAGUGGAAAUUCGCCGGUUCCUUCUACUUCGCCAUCACUGUCAUCACAACUAUCGGAUAUGGACAUGCUGCACCUGGAACUGAUGCUGGCAAGGCCUUCUGUAUGUUCUACGCUGUGCUCGGUAUCCCCCUGACGCUCGUUAUGUUCCAGAGCCUGGGCGAACGCAUGAACACCUUCGUGCGCUACCUGCUGAAACGGAUCAAGAAGUGCUGUGGCAUGCGCAACACUGAAGUUUCUAUGGAGAACAUGGUGACCGUCGGCUUCUUUUCCUGCAUGGGCACCCUGUGUCUUGGGGCGGCUGCCUUUUCCCAGUGCGAAGAUUGGAGCUUCUUCCAUGCCUACUACUACUGCUUCAUCACAUUGACCACGAUAGGGUUCGGCGAUUUUGUGGCCCUGCAGGCCAAGGGUGCUCUGCAGAGGAAGCCAUUCUAUGUGGCCUUCAGCUUCAUGUAUAUCCUGGUGGGCCUGACCGUCAUCGGUGCCUUCCUCAAUCUCGUGGUCCUGCGAUUCCUAACCAUGAAUACCGAUGAAGAGCUUCUGGAGGGAGAAGUUGCGGAAAUCCUUGCUGGAAAGUCAAGACGUGUGACUGGCCGUGCACCUCGGAGACGCAGAAGGCUCCACCCCAUGUACUUCCUCCGGAAAUACGGCAGAACCCUGUGCUAUAUCUGCUUCCCUGGUGCCAACUGGGGUAAAGAUGAUGAUGAGGAUGAAGAUGAUGUCGUCGAAAGCGUUGUUGUUACUGCUCCUAUUUCCGCUCCUGCUCCUGCUCCUGCUCCUGCUCGGGUUCUUGCUCCUCCUCCGGCUGCUGUGGCGGCUCGUCCCAACCAAAGGGUAGUCCGGGCGACCGUCCACACGGUUUCCUGCAGGGUUGAAGAGAUCCCUCCACACAUGCUGAGGAACGCCUGCUUCCGGUCCCCAUUCUGCGUCAUCCCUCAUGGAAUGCACACCUGCGGGGACCAUAGGCUGCACAUCCGUCGCAAGUCCAUCUAA